AUGGCGAACUCAUUGCAAAUUCAAGCUUGGCUAAAGAGCCCCCCAUCAAUUAUCCCAACUUCUUCGUUCGGCAAAGAUAACAAUACUCCACAAACAAAGCCUUGGAGCUAUUUGGGAGCAGCCAUUUCCACUCCCUGGAGGCUUGAGAAUGGGCGGCGGAGAAUAGUUUACAGGGACCGCAAAGGGAUUGCUUGUUAUGGGUUUUUGCUGCCGGUGGAUCCAUGGGCACCCACCAUUGAUUCACAGAGCGUAGCCUCGCAGCUGUUUGCUUUCUCUCUCUUCCCGUACAUGGGCUUCUUGUAUUUCAUCUCCAAAUCAAAGUCUGCGCCCAAGCUCACCCUUUUCGGAUUCUAUUUCUUGCUUGCCUUUGUUGGUGCUACAACAAAGGUGCACUAUGGAACUUCCUUGUCCAAUGUUGACUGGUUGCACGGCGGAGCUGAGUCACUGCUUACCCUCACCAAUAUAUUCAUUGUCUUAGGCCUUAGGGAUGCUCUUCGGAAAACCAGAGACGAAAAUACAAUUACACCUAAUUCUUCCUUUGGAAUCAAGGAUGAAGAGAAGUCAUCAAUCUAG